ACGAUGGUCCUUUUCGCCUGCAGCUUUGGCCACGAGCGUGGUGUGCUGCAGAAAUCCGGUUAAAUCGGGAAUUUAGUUCCGAACUCGGUCGUCUAUCAAAUUAAAAAUGCCUCCGGCUUUGAAGGGCAAAAGCAAGAAGAAGAUCGCGCCGGCGCCGCUUUCUCAGCGCAAGGGGGCUGCGAAGAAGCAGGAAAACCCCCUCUAUGAAAGUCGUCCGAAACGCUUCUCGAUCGGUGAGGACAUCCAGCCUCGUCGAGACCUCACUCGUUUCGUUCGUUGGCCGAAGUAUAUCCGUCUCCAGCGACAGAAGGCCAUUCUGUACUCGCGUAUCAAGGUCCCGCCGGCAAUCAAUCAGUUCUCGCAGACGUUGGACAAACAAACGGCGACGAAUCUCUUCAAGCUGCUGGACAAAUACCGUCCCGAAGACCGCAAAGCUCGCAAGCAGCGUCUCAGAGCUCGCGCCGAAGCCAAGGCCGCCGGUAAGGCCGACGAGCCUGGUAGCAGACCAAACGCAAUCCGCCAGGGUGUGAACACCGUGACGACCGCUGUCACGAAUAAGAAAGCCAGCCUCGUCGUCAUCGCCCAUGACGUCGAUCCCAUCGAGCUCGUCAUCUUCCUUCCGGCGCUCUGCCGCCGUAUGGGAGUUCCCUACUGCAUCGUGAAAGGCAAAGCUCGUCUCGGUACGGUCUGCCGUAGGAAGACAUGCUCCGCGCUGUGUCUGACCACCGUCAACCGAGAAGACGAGCAAUCCCUCGGCAAGAUCGUCGAGUCGAUCAAGACGAACUUCAACGAGCGCUUCGACGAGAUCAGGAAGCACUGGGGUGGUGGUAUCGUCUCGAACAAGAGCCAGGCUCGCAUUGCCAAGCUCGAAAAGGCCAAGGCUAAGGAACUUCAACAGAAGGCGCAAAUCUGAGCAAGUUUCGAAUAAAAGUUACGGCUUUCGAUGGAACCGAAGUUU